CCGGUCUGACCAGCCGGUCCGUAUCAGGUUUUUAGUUAUUGGUUAGGAUGAAACGACACCGUUUUGUCUGCGCUCAUUACCUUUGUUGUAUCGCCAUCACCUUACAACGACCGGAGAGUUUGCACCAAUGGCGUUGAGACUGACGACGCUAAAACGCGCCGUGGUUGAAUCCCGGCGAAUUAUAGAAUCCCGAAGCUUCAGCCACGUUUCCGCGAUCUCUCCUCCCUUGAACGGCGCCAUUGAUCGCUCUACCGCUUCGCCGCCGCUUGAUUUACCGGAGUUUUAUCAGGAUCAAUCGGAUUCUUACAAUGAUGAAAACAAUUUCAGAUUCGGUUUCCCGAGUCCGAGUUUCUCUUUUGGUGGAUGCAUGGAGCUAAUGGCUGUUCCCAAGAAGAAGAUUUCUAAACACAAGAGAGGGAUUAGAAAUGGACCAAAGGCCCUUAAACCUACUCCUGUGAUCAUCCGUUGCAGGAGUUGUGGGCGAGUUAAGCUGCCACAUUUCUACUGCUGCAGCGGUGAGCGGGAAAUACCUGAUGAACAAAGCAAUUCAAACAACUGAUCAAGACUUACUAUAUGAAUUAGCCUUGCUGAAUUUGUUUUGGCAUAUGCGGUUCUUAGUAGAGAACUCAAGGGUUAUGAUGAAGACAGUGGACUUAGAUUCACUCUGUUUUGGCAUACCAUUUGGUUAUCUCCUGCAGAAUCAAAAUACUGUUUACUU